UCCAGUCCCUGCACAUCGUCAUGCUGGGCCUGGACUCGGCGGGGAAGACCACGGUGCUCUACCGGCUCAAGUUCAACGAGUUCGUCAACACGGUGCCCACCAUCGGCUUCAACACGGAGAAAAUUCGGCUGAGCAACGGCACAGCCAAGGGCAUCAGCUGCCACUUCUGGGACGUGGGCGGGCAGGAGAAGCUGCGCCCGCUCUGGAAGUCCUACAGCCGCUGCACCGAUGGCAUCAUCUAUGUGGUGGACUCAGUGGAUGUGGACCGGCUGGAGGAGGCCAAGACGGAGCUGCACAAGGUGACCAAGUUUGCGGAGAACCAGGGCACCCCGUUGCUGGUCAUCGCCAACAAGCAGGACCUGCCCAAGUCCCUGCCUGUGGCCGAGAUCGAGAAGCAGCUGGCCUUGCACGAGCUGACCCCCUCCACCACGUACCACGUCCAGCCUGCCUGCGCCAUCAUCGGCGAGGGGCUUACAGAGGGCAUGGACAAGCUCUACGAGAUGAUCCUGAAGCGCAGGAAGUCCCUCAAGCAGAAGAAGAAGCGGUAAAGCUCGCGGGUGCACGAACAGAUGGGAAAACAGACAAAGGAACCGAGGGGGAGAGAGAACCAAAGCGAUCCUCUUUCCCCCCCUCCCCUUUUUUUCCUUUUCCAAAUGAAAAGACGACAAUAGCGGUGAUAACAAUACAUCUCCUGCUAGCCAAACCCAGAUCCUGACUGCAGGCGAGAGCCGGGAUCUCCCUCUCCCGCUCUUCCUUGCCRCACUGUCCGUCCGUGCCCGGCUGCAGGAGGGGAGCCCGGACCAGCACUACGUGCCCGGGGGCCAACUCUGGAGCCCCCCGGGCUGGCAGCCGCGGACGGAGAUGUUCUAGCGGGACUAGACAUCGCAGGUGGCGGGGAUGUGGAUCGGGACCUGGACCGGCGGAAGCUCCCGCUGGUGCCGCUCCAUCCU